CCUUUGCCUACCCACGUGGUCUCGGCCUCCGGCCCCGGAUAGCUCCCGAGUUCUGGGCGCCCGGCCUGCGGGUUUCUCUGCUUCCCUGGCCGCGGAGGGGUCCUGUCCGCCUCGUGCGUCGGCAGGGCGCGGUUGCCCGCUCUGGGGUCCUUGCGGGACUGUCGGAAGCUUCGCCCGCUGCUGCCGUCGCCCGGCCGCCGCCCUCCCCACCAGUAGGCCGAUUCCCGUGGUAUCAUCCGGUAGGGAAAUGGUCGUGCUUUCGGUGCCCGCCGAAGUCACUGUGAUCCUGUUAGAUAUCGAAGGUACCACAACCCCGAUUGCUUUCGUGAAGGACAUUUUGUUUCCUUACAUCGAAGACCAUGUUAAAGAGUAUCUGCAGACGCACUGGGAAGAAGAGGAGUGCCAGCAGGAUGUCAGCCUUUUGAGGAAACAGGCUGAAGAGGACGCCCAUCUGGAUGGGGCUGUUCCAAUCCCUGCGGCAUCUGGGGACGGCGAGGACGACCGGGAGCGGAUGAUCCAGGCCGUGGUGGAUAACGUGUGCUGGCAGAUGUCUCUGGACCGAAAGACCACGGCGCUGAAGCAGCUGCAGGGCCACAUGUGGAGGGCGGCAUUCAAAGCUGGGCUCAUGAAAGCAGAGUUCUUCGAAGAUGUAGUCCCAGCGGUCAGGAAGUGGAGAGAGGCUGGCAUGAAGGUGUACGUCUAUUCCUCGGGGAGUGUGGAGGCCCAGAAGCUCUUAUUCGGGCAUUCUACGGAGGGAGAUGUUCUCGAGCUUUUUGACGGUCACUUUGAUACCAAGAUUGGACACAAAGUGGAGAGUGAGAGUUACCGAAAGAUUGCCAGCAGCAUCGGGUGCUCAACCAGCAACAUCUUGUUUCUUACGGACGUCACCGUAGAGGCCAGUGCUGCUGAGGCGGCCGACGUGCACGUGGCCGUGGUGGUGAGACCGGGCAACGCGGGGCUCACGGACGACGAGAAGACUUACUACCGCCUCAUCACGUCCUUCGGCGAGCUGUGCCUGCCUGCCUCCCCCUAGAGCAGGGGCGCCAGGAAGGCCGGCUGUCCUCCCCGAGUGCUCCCUCUGUCGGCUUUCAUCCUAACGGGAGAAGGAAUUCACUUGAAAAUACGUAUGCACACACGUGAGUUCUGUAAGUGUGCAUAUGUGUAUUUUCAAAAUCCCUUUCACAGGCACCUAAGUAGAAGACAGAAUCUCAGUUCAGUGAAAAGGAAACUCAUGUAAAGAUGUUUUAUAGGCGGAAAUUGUUUUGAAACCAGAACUCCAACCCUUAUUGAGGGCAAAAUAUCGUUGCUAGAAGAAAUUACUACUAUACAGAUCAAAUGUGUUAUGUUUAUCAAGUCAUGUACCAAAAUGGAAAGGUCGGUUUAAGAAGGUGCUUCGAAACUUUGUUAUUUUAAGAACUAAAAGUAUUUCAAAGACAUUCCUAAUGAUAAUUUAUCCACCUUUUUAAUUGUGAAUUAGAAAACUGCAACAGCUGAAUUUCAAAAUGUUAACCUCCACGGAGACAAACCACAAAGCUCUUAGUUUCUGUUCCAAAAGAGAGCAGUCGGGGAAGGAAACUCCUUUGAGUCUUGAUCGAGUAUCUGGUGUUUAAGAACCUUGCUAAUGACAGUGGCGCCCACGGCAAGCAGUUGCCUUACCAGUGAAAAAGUUGCACUAGGGAGUUCCCGUUGUGGCUCAGUGGUUAACGAAUCCCACUAGGAACCAUGAGGUUGUGGGUUCGAUCCCUGGCCUUGCUCAGUGGGUUAAGGAUCCGGUGUUGCCGUGAGCUGUAGUGUAGGUUGCAGACGCGGCUCGGAUCCCACAUUGCUGUGGCUGUGGUGUAGGCCGGCGGCUACAGCUGCGAUUCGCCCCCUAGCCUGGGAACCUCCGUAUGCCACAGGUAUGGUACCCCCCUAGAAAAGACAAAAAGACAAAAAAAAAAUCGCACUAACGUAGCAGCUAAAAUCGAAACGUGCUUCCUAAUGUUUAACAGAGUAGUCCUACUCCUGCCUGCCGGUACCAUCGAUUUCAGAGUCGCCUUUCUAACUACUACUUAGCACAGCUUUAGAACGUGGAUGUUAAAGCUCUUUCCGAUUAAAAAAUGAAAAGUUUACUGAAAUUUGUCCGCAGGACCGAGAAGAGCCCUAAUGUGUAAUAUUUUCCUCUAAAAAUGGAUGUGAGAAAUACAAAUCUUAUAACAGCAUUAUUUAUCCUGGUUGAUUCCAAGGGGAAGUCAUGUCAGUUUCGUGUGGUGAUUAAUAAAACAUUUUCUUCUUCA